UCGAGGCUAAUUAUUUUGGCAUUUAAGUUGGUAUUUGAAUAAAAAUACUCGGUAUCUCAACAUGCAUGAGCUGAUGUUUCAAAUUUGAGUAGAACAAGACUCCAGUCAUUUUCACAAAUUUCUUGAAAGUUGGCAAGUAAGCUGUUAUUACGCGGCAUUUGAAGAAAAUGGUAGUGAAAAACCCAAUUAACUACUCGUCGGUGGUGAUCAUGUCUGUGACGUAUCAAACUUUUGCUCAGGGAAUAAGAACAUAACUGCAACGGAUAAAGAAAAUGUUCAGUGAUGAAUAUAGGCAUAUGGAAUUUGUAGCUUUUUCUACCAAUUUAAGUCCGCCCGGAUGAGGUUAGACUCGUCGAUUUGUUGUUUGAAUUCGAUCAACGAGCUAUCCUCCUAGCAAGGAUAACUCCUGUUUAGGCUCUACUCUGUUAAAGCGAUUUCAGGAAUACCCUCCUGCUGUUUGAUACACUUUCAGAAGGGCCUCUAAGUACUCCAAUUCAUUAAGAUAUAUCAAAAAAAGAAAUGGGCUAUUCUGAAAAGAAAUAUGGGGAAGACAAUCAAUGGGCAGGGUUUGUUGACGGUCAAAAUGUAAUUGGAAGAGGAAGAGAAAUACUUCUACAGGGCUUCAACUGGGAGUCACAUAAAUAUCAGUGGUGGCCAAGUUUGGAGCAAAAGAUCCCACAAAUUUCAAAAGCAGGAUUUACAUCUGUGUGGCUGCCACCUGCUUUUGAUUCCCUUGCACCCCAAGGCUACCUGCCCCGGAAUAUUUAUUCGCUCAAUUCUGAAUAUGGCUCAGAGUAUCAGCUGAAAAGCUUACUUAAAACAAUGCAAAACAAUAAUGUGAGAGCUAUGGCUGACAUAGUUAUUAAUCAUCGUGUUGGGAGCACUCAAGGAGCUGGAGGCCUGUAUAAUCGCUAUGAUGGAAUGGCAUUACCUUGGGAUGAACGUGCUGUCACUCGCUGUACUGGUGGACAUGGCAAUUGGAGCACAGGAGAUAAUUUCCAUGGAGUACCAAAUAUUGACCACACCCAGGAUUUUGUACGCAAUGACUUAAAAAACUGGUUACAAUGGCUCAGGAAAAGUGUUGGUUUUCAAGAUUUCCGAUUUGAUUUUGCUAAAGGUUUUGCAGCAAAAUUUGUGAAGGAAUAUAUUGAGGCAGCAGGACCAAUGUUUUCUGUAGGGGAAUAUUGGGAUUCAUGCAAUUACAGUCCUCCUAGCUAUCAUUUGGAUUAUAACCAAGAUAGCCAUAGACAGAGAAUAAUUGAUUGGAUUGAUAGUACUGGUGGGCUCUGUGCUGCGUUUGAUUUUACAACAAAGGGCAUUCUCCAGGAAGCAGUCAAGGGUGAGUGGUGGCGUUUACGUGAUUCUCAAGGAAAGCCAGCUGGAGUUCUUGGUUGGUGGCCAUCAAGAGCUGUUACUUUUAUUGAAAACCAUGAUACAGGAUCAACACAGGGUCAUUGGCCUUUUCCAAGUAAUCAUAUUAUGGAGGGCUAUGCUUAUAUCUUGACACACCCUGGCAUACCAAAAGUCUUUUACGACCAUUUCUUCGACUGGGGAAGUUCAAUACAAGAUCAGAUUAUAAAGCUGAUGCAAAUUCGAAGGUCACAAGAUUUGCAUAGCCGAUCUUCUAUUAAGAUUUUGGAGGCUAGUGCCCAUGUUUAUGCUGCAAUGAUUGGAGAGAAAGUUUGCAUGAAAGUUGGUGAAGGAUCAUGGUGUCCAUGGGGCAGAGAGUGGAAGCUAGCUACUUCUGGUCAUAGAUAUGCAGUCUGGCACAAAUGAUUAUAAUUUUUGCAUAUACUUCUAGUAUGUAGGCACGUCUUGAAGUCAAAUAAAGUCCACUUCCAUUGAUAGAAAUCGAUCGAAGUGAAUCAUGUGGAGGCUGUCAAUCUAUAUUAAGAUAUGAACCUGUUGCUUACUUCUAAAAAAGCAAAACAUUGUUAUGCGACCAUCUUAUUUUGAAAUUUAUCUAGACAAGACAAAUAAAAGAAAAAAUAAAUGUCUAUUUUGGGACAAA